CCGCUGGCCGCUCUGUCCCGGUCUCGAACUCCUCCGCAGGUUCUGCUGAGGGGUAGAUCCAAUAUACCUCUACUCUACCUCGGCAAUUUACUCGACGCACCAAUUGGUACACCAUGGGCAAGCUCAAGAAGAAGGGCAAGGCCGGCCAGGCCAAAAACUACAUGACGCGCACGCAGGCGGUCAAGAAGCUGCAGCUCAGCCUGCCCGACUUCCGCAAACUGUGCAUCUGGAAGGGCAUCUACCCGCGCGAGCCCUCGAACCGCAAGAAGGUGUCCAAGUCGGCCACCGCCUCCACCACUUUCUACUACACCAAGGACAUCCAGUACCUGCUCCACGAGCCGCUGCUGCAAAAGUUCCGCGAGCAAAAAGUGCUCGAGAAGAAGAUCUCGCGCGCCCUCGGCCGCGGCGACGUCAGUGACGCUGCCCGCCUGGAGCGCAACGCCGCCCGCUCCGAAAAGACGGGCAAGCCGCGCUACACGCUCAACCACAUCAUCCGUGAGCGCUACCCGACCUUCGUCGACGCCCUGCGCGACCUGGACGACUGCCUGUCGAUGCUCUUCCUGUUCGCCAACCUGCCGUCGACCACCGCCGUGCCCGCCAAGAUGAUCUCGCGCUGUGAGCGGCUCUGCCUCGAGUUCGAGCACUACCUUAUCGCCUCGCACAGCCUCCGCAAGUCAUUCCUGUCCAUCAAGGGGAUAUACUACCAGGCCACCAUCCAGGGCGAGGACAUCCUCUGGCUGGUACCCUACAAGUUCAACCAGCGGGUCGUGGGCGACAUCGACUUCCGCAUCAUGGGCACCUUUGUCGAGUUCUACAUGACCCUCCUCGGCUUCGUCAACUACCGGCUGUACACGUCCAUCGGCCUGAAGUACCCGCCAAAGUUUGACCAGCUCAAGGACGACCAGGGCGCCGAGCUCGGCGCCUUCGCCCUCGAGGGCGCCAACAUUGCGACCAAGGACGAGACCAAGGCCAUCACGAACGGCGAAUCGGAGCACGGGCAGCCCGACCCAAAGGUCCAGGCGGAGGUGGAUAAGAUCGUGCGGCAGCUGCGGCACGAGUCGGACGAGAAGGCGACCGCUGAGGGCGCUGCCGAGGGCGCUGCCGAGGGCGCCGAGGGCGAGGGCGAGGGCGAGGGCGAGGGCGACGACAAGCCCAGCGACGCCAUCGACAAGUUCGAGCCCGUCGCGCCCGGCGGCGAUGUGCUGCCGCAGCCGUCGUACAGCAGCAGCGACCCGUCCCGGCUGUUCUCCAAGUUCACAUUCUUCCUGUCGCGUGAGACGCCGCGGCAGCCGCUCGAGUUCAUCCUGCGCGCGUUCGGCUGCAAGAGGAUAGGUUGGGACGCCGUCCUCGGCGAGGGCGCCUUCACCCAUGACGAGUCGGACCCGUCCAUCACGCACCAGAUCGUCGACCGGCCGGUCGUCCGGGCCGUCGCGAGCGAGGGAGGCGACGGCGAGGACAACCAGACGUCGCAAAAGGUCGGGCCUAACCAACGGUACCCCGGCCGCGUGUACGUGCAGCCGCAGUGGGUGUGGGACAGCAUCAACGACGAGGAGCUCAAGAGCCCCGAGCUGUACGCGCCCGGCGCGUCGCUCCCGCCCCAUCUCAGCCCCUUUGUCAAGCCGACCCAGGGGCAGUACGACCCCACCCGCCCGCUGGAGGAGCAGCAGACGGAAGGCGAGGCCAUCGACGCCGAGCUGGAGGACGCCAACGAGGAGGGCGACGGGUCUGACGUCGAGAACGACAUGGACGUUGCGUCGGAUGGGGAGGAGGAAGAAGAAGACGAAGAAGAGGAGGAGGAUGAGGGGGAUCAGGAUAAAAAGCAAGACGGCGACUUUGGCGGUUUCUCCGAGGGCGAGGAGGAAGAGGCGUCCGAGUACGAGGAGGAGGAGGAGGAGGCGACACUGCAGAGGCAGCGCGAGCUCGAGGCCGAGAUCUCGGGCAAGGCGGUGCAGGGCGGCAAGAAGGUGGACCCCAAGACCAAGGCGAAGCUGGAGGCCAAGAAGGCGCUGGAGCGGAAGAAGAAGCAAGAGGCCGAGGAGCUCGAGCGGGCCAAGGGCAUGCUGAGCAAGAAGAAGCGCAAGCUGUUUGAGCAGAUGCAGUACAGCAACAACAAGAAGAGCGCCGAGGACAUGAAGCUGCGGCAGAAGCGGAGGAAACUGGAGAAGGAGAAGAAGGCGGCGGCCUCGGCGGCGGCCUAGUGUAUUUCCUGUUAGACCAAAAGGAUAAUGAUACCAUUGAGUGCAUCUGUUAUCCGUUUAUAGAGCCGUGCAAUUUCCA